CGUUCCCGUUUCUCCAGCCAGCCAGCGGAUCGAUGCGUUCGGUCGAUGAGAUGGCGACGUCACACAUACUAUCCGCCAUCGAUCCAAUAAUAACCGGGUCGGCAAACACACCGACGAGUGGUGGAAUGAAUGGUAGCGAUGGUGGAUCUGUACCGAAUGGGACCAACACCGGUGCGGGCAAUGGCGGAGGCUCUACGGUUGGUGGAACCUUGCUGCAGUCCGGAUCCACGAUCAUGGGACGUGGUGCAGGAGAUCGAAGCCUUUCGGUAACGCUGGACGAUCGGGAUCUUUGGUUGCGCUUCCAGAAUCUGACCAACGAAAUGAUCGUCACAAAAAAUGGCAGGCGAAUGUUUCCGGUAGUAAAAGUGACCGCUACCGGACUCGACCCAACAGCUAUGUACACGGUACUGUUGGAAUUUUCGCAAGUCGACUCGCACCGCUGGAAGUACGUCAACGGCGAAUGGGUUGCCGGUGGGAAGGCAGAAGCACCACCACCGAACCCGGUCUACGUGCACCCGGAGUCGCCCAACUUUGGUCAGCACUGGAUGAAGGAACCGAUCUCGUUUGCCAAGGUGAAGCUCACCAACAAAACGAACGGCAACGGUCAGAUCAUGCUAAACUCCCUGCACAAGUACGAGCCGCGUGUGCAUCUGGUGCAGGUGGUGUCGGAUGCGCGCGAUCAGCGCAAUGUUCACACGUACCCGUUCCCAGAGACGCAGUUCAUCGCCGUAACGGCGUACCAGAACGAGGAGGUCACCUCGCUCAAGAUCAAAUACAACCCAUUUGCGAAAGCGUUUCUCGACGCGAAGGAACGUCCCGAUUCGGUGUACUCGCGCGAAAGUUCCACCUACGGUUGGCUUAACUUUCAUCCUUCCUAUGCGACGGCUCAAUCACCCCUGCAGGCCCAGGUGGAUCGAUCCUACCAGCAUACGCACACCGUGGCCCGGACGAAUCGUGUCACACCUUACACCACCCAACGUUCGCGAAACACCAGCGGAAGCUCCUCGCCCCAGCACAGCUCGUACCUGCCGCUGGACUCGGUGUCCACACCCGUCUUCUCAUCUUAUCCCUCGACGUGGCAAACUCAGACCACUCCGAGCGGAUCGUACUGGAGCAAUCCGUCGGGCGCGGUACAACAAUCUCUCGGUACUAACCCAGGCAGUCCUAAUUCGAUUGCCCCCAACAUUUCGCCUACGCCAUCGAACGGAUCACCGUCCUAUGCGACGUCAUCACCAACCUAUCCAGCAAGUCAUCCAACGGUAACACCUCAGCAUCCACAGUACAUUCCCGUGUCUAGUGCGCAGAUGGAAGGCAUUUACCAACCGGCUGGAUCUCCCCAGCAAAUCUACACUCCUUCCAGUCAUCAGAUUUACCAUCCAACUCCUACGCAAGUUUCCCCAAACCACCAGCUGUAUGGGAACGUUCUGAAUGCGCCGUCCAUUACGAAUCUAGGCUACUCCACCUCUUGGCACAGUGCCAGUGAUUUCAGUGUCUACCAAAGCACGUACCACUACCCGACGGCUGAGUACAUCCCGAUGAUAGGAGAGAUUAACACCUACAACCAUCCCUCGGACAUUACGGAGCUUACCUCUGUGGGAGCACCGCACAGACAUCUGGAACCGGCGGCACCAUCUCCGUUGCAAUACCACCAUCACGGACAUCACGUAAGCGAAGGUUCUCCAUUGCUUUCUACGCACCACCAUCAUCACCAGCAGCAUCAACACCAACAUCAUGGAACUACGAAUGCUCAAUGUGGUGAGAAUCAAAGUCCCGAACCAACACCGGGUACGGUUGCGACCAGUGUUGCCAGUGGGCUGAACUCGGUUGCAUCGUCGCCGAAUGCUGUUGGAUCGACGGGACAACUUUCGCAGAGCCCUGGUCGCACAUCGCUUAACACUGUCGGCAGUGCCUGGACGCCGCUAACACCACCACAAACUACCAGCAUCUAA